UCCACAGUCGCCCGGGCGCUGUGCUCCCCUCCUUUCCUGCCGCCUGCUUUCCCCUCCAAAAUCCGCGCCUUAUCUCUCCGGAAAGCCGGGCCGGCCGAUCCGUCGCCCCGGCCGCGGCGCGCCUUUGCGACCCCUCCCUCUCCCGGCGGCUUGCUGCACAUGAGAUCAUGAGCUCGGAGGACUCGCUCAAGUCCCUCUCGCUCGACUACCUCAACCUGCUCAUCAACGGGCAGGCCUUCAGCGACGUCGCCUUCAGCGUCGAGGGCCGCCUCGUGCACGCCCACCGCUGCGUCCUCGCCGCGCGCAGCCUCUUCUUCCGCAAGCUCUUCUGCGGCCUCGACCCCAACCACCAGCCCCCGCCGCCGCCGCCCCUGGGCUCCCCCGGUGCCCGGCCCGCGGGCGCCGCGCCGGAGCUGGUCAUCCCCGUCAGCUCCAUCCGGUACGAGGUGCUCGUGCUCGUGCUGCAGUUCCUCUACAGCGGCCAGGCGUCGGUGGCGGCGCCCAAGAGCGGGCCGCUCCCCGGCUGCGGCGCCAGGGGAUGCUGGCACACCCGCUGCGGCGCCGCCGUCGACCUCGCCCUCGACACCCUCGCCGCCGCGCGCUCCUUCGGCGUCGAGCAGCUCGCGCUGCUGGUCCAGAAGCAGCUGGAGAGCAUGGUGAAGGAGGCGUCCGUGGACGACGUGAUGAAGGUGCUCAUGGCGUCGCGCAAGUUCGAGAUGCAGGAGCUCUGGGCCACCUGCUCCCACCUGGUGGCGCGUUCCGGCCUCUCCGCCGAUCUCCUCGCCAAGCACCUCCCCAUCGAUGUGGUCGCCAAGAUUGAGGAGAUCCGCGCCAAGUCCCCGGUCGCCGCCGCGAACACGCCGCGCUCGCCGUUCCUCACCCACCACUACCUGCCCAUCAACGCCCCGUCCUCCGCCGCCGACCGCGACCACAAGAUCCGGCGCAUGCGGCGGGCCCUGGACGCGGCCGACAUCGAGCUCGUCAAGCUGAUGGUCAUGGGCGAGGGCCUCGACCUCGACGACGCGCUCGCCGUCCACUACGCCGUCCAGCACUGUAACCGCGACGUCGUCAAGGCGCUGCUCGAGCUCGGCGCGGCCGACGUCAACUCCCGCGCCGGGCCGACCGGGAAGACCGCCCUGCACCUGGCUGCCGAGAUGGUCUCCCCCGACAUGGUGUCCGUCCUCCUGGACCACCACGCCGACCCGAACGCCAGGACGCUCGACGGCGUCACCCCGCUGGACGUGCUCCGCAGCCUGACCUCCGAGUUCCUCUUCAAGGGCGCCGUACCGGGGCUGACGCACAUCGAGCCCAACAAGCUCAGGCUGUGCCUCGAGCUCGUGCAGUCCGCGGUGAUGGUGACCACGCGCGACGAGGGCGCGCCCGGCGCCGGCGGCGAGGCCGGAGGAAGCGACGGCGAGAAUUUCCCAAGGAGCGACGCCGACGACAGCUUGGUGAGCCUGACGAUGAACUCCACGCUCAUGUACCAGGGCCAGGAGAUGGCGGCGGCGGUCGCCGGCGAUGCGAGGAAAGGGAACGGCGGCCGGGGGAGCCCGUCCAACUUGUACUUCCCCAAUGGCUUCCCAUAAUAAGUAAUCCUUAUCUAGCAUUGUCUUUUUUUUAUAUAUCCAUGGAUCUUUCUCAAGCUCUGUUCGAUCUUUUGUGCGCAUUUUUAUUUGAAACGGUGUAGCUAGUUAGCUACUGUUUAACUAGCUAGGAGAUGUGAGCAAGAAUUUCAUGGUAUUUGAUGUGGAUUGUUCGAUCUUGAAUGACUGAUCGAUUGGGCAGCAACUGUUGCUUUGU